CACAGUUAUAAGAGGAAGGCAUGAAGGUGCACAACUUACUGUCUCUAGACACACACUCUGCACCUAAAGUGUGGAGGUAGCACAGGAAACAGAUCUACACACAGUAUAAUCUUUUUGAGUGUAAACAUGCGAGACUGACACAGUAAAACUGGAGUGAUGCCAACAUCUGUGUAAGGCUGGACUUCUGACAUUCACACAAAGGUGUUUUUACUUGCCACUUCUUGCCCCUUUACACCUAUUUCACUGUCAGCAACUUCUCUGUUUUGGACCGCUCUUUUUCCUGAUGUGGCAACUCAUUGUGAACUAAUUUCACACACGGGGGGAGAUAAAUAACCAAACAAGUCCCUUCCUUCCAUUCAGUUAAGGUGGCAACAGCAGUAUAACAAAGAAAGAGCUAGUGAAGGACAGAGCUGAAAAGAGGAGGAGAGAGGAGCUGAGCGAGGUUUUGAGAUAGUACCUAUCCAAAUUUGUUCUUUUAUCUUCAUCCUGCUGAUCAACCUUCAUCAUGACCACCAGACACACAGUCCAGCUCCUGGUGGCGGUGGUCCUCUCAGUGCUGUGCCUCGUUCAAAGCUUCCAACCACUCAUCUCAAGAAAAUCCAGGACUCACCGUGAAAUUACACAAGCGGCGAUCCUCAGAAAGACGGCUGACGUCUGCAGGGACAUUGCUGCCUCUGAGGGAUGGAGCACCAGUGUAGCUGUUGAUGACAGCCUGUCAGCUAGCAAGGUGCAAAAAGCCUGCUCCUCUCCAACUACAGCAGCGUUCCUCCUCUCCAGUGUCACAUACCAAAGUGCCAUUGCCAGUAUCUACUUCAGCAAUGCGAUGGUGGACACAGUGUCAACACUGAAACAGGAACACCAUUUUGACAAUGAGACUUUCAAGGCAGGAAGGGACCUCAUCACAGCAGGUGUGGCUGCUGUGAAGGCCAGUGUGAAGCAGGAGGAGUAUAUGGCAGGGAGAUGGAUUCUUGGACGAGUCUGUCAUACCCUUCAGGACUUCUACAGCCACAGCAACUGGGUGGAGUUGGGGAACACUGCUCCUUACAGUGCUCUAAUCAAACCAGACCAACCUCUUGAGAACUUGGCAGACCCAGUUACUCCAACCUGUAGAGGCUGUGUAGGAGGUGACUGUAGUAACAACCUUCUGCCUGAGGUACUGAAGAAACGGCUUCUCACUUCGGGCUACUUCAGCAUGUUCUCAUCAUCAAAACCUGCAGGUAAAUGUAGCCAUGGUGGUCCAUUUGACCGCACAAGUGAACAGGACCCAGUGGGGGGCAUCAGUAAGGAUGAGGUUCAGUCUAGUCAUGGCUCGCUUCAUCUUAAAGCAGCUGAUUUGGCUGUCAGGGCCACUGUGGAGCUGUUGGAGGACAUCAGAGUGGCUGCUGGAGACAAACACUUUCUGCGAUUGAUGGGCCUGUCCCACUCCUCUGUGCUGUGUAUUGUUAUUGACACUACAGGCAGCAUGAGUGAUGACAUCGCUGAAGCAAAGAGAGUUUCCUUUGAGAUCAUUGAUGGCAAGCGAGGAACCCCACAGGAGCCCUCGGCCUACAUAUUGGUACCAUUCAAUGACCCAAGUUUUGGACCUGUGAUUAGGACAACUGAUGCAGAUGUCUUUAAAAACAGCAUCAACAAGCUGCAUGCACGUGAUGGAGGAGACGCCCCAGAGAUGUCCUUGUCUGCACUGCAGCUUGCCCUCACUGCAGCUCCACCCUCCUCUGAGAUCUUUGUUUUCACUGAUGCUGCAGCUAAAGAUUUUCAUCUAAAAAGCACCAUUACUGCUCUUAUAGAAAGCACCAAGUCUGUAGUUAGUUUCAUGUUGACAGAUGCCCUAGCUAGUCGACGCCGCCGCAAAAGGUCAUCUGCAAACAAAAUGAGCCAAGCAGAUGUCCAGCUGUAUCGCGACCUAGCCGAAGCAUCUGGAGGCCAGGCCAUUGAGGUCACCAAGUCAGAGCUCUCUCAGGCUACUACUGUUAUAAAGGAUUUGUCACUCAGCGCUGUGGUGACAGUUUUUCAGGUAGCGAGAAAUCCUGGAAGACCUGAAAAAUUUACUUUUACUGUUGAUGGUUCAUUAAGGAACUUGACUGCCUACAUCACAGGAACCUCAUCUCUCACCUUCAGCCUCACCAGCUCCAAAGGCAUAUCUCAGAGUUCCAGUCAGCCCAGUGGUCCUCUGGCAUCUCUCACUACAGCAGGAAACCUACGCCGUUUAAGCCUCAUCACCGACAGUCAAAGUGGAUCAUGGGAAAUCAGCGUCAACUCUAAUGAUCCCUACUCUGUUAAGGUCAUAGGUCAAAGUUCAUCAAACUUCAUUUACAACCUGGUGGAAGCACAUGAAGGAGCCCACAGAGACUUCAGUUUAAAGGAGGGGCGUCCUCUUUCAGGUGGUAAAGCCAAACUCUUGGUCUCUGCGACAGGAAGUGAUACAGUAAAGGUCACAGAGGUGACUCUCAUUGACAGCUUCGGGACAAAAGAGGUCAAAGGCUCAUUGCAGCCAGUAGGAAGUGAUAACGUCCUGGUGACAUUCAGUGCAGUGCCAGCAGGUCAAUUUGUGGUUUGCCUGAAAGGAGAGGACAGCGGCUCAACCUCCACAUCAACAUCGAUAAGCUUCCAGCGGCAGGCCUCGACACACAUCAAGACCUCCAGCAUCCUUGUUACUGCCCAAGUCAGCAACACCAACGUAGAACCAGGCUCCACCAUCUCCAUCCCUUUUACGGUCGCCACAGCCAUCAACGGAGUUAUUGAUGACUCUGGAACUGGCACGUUCAAGAUGCAAGUCAGCAAUGACCGCGGCUAUCGUUCCACUUCACCCCCUGCCAUCACCAUAGCGGCAAGGAGUGGAGGUAAAGCCGACGGCACUGUGACCUUAACGGUACCAGCCAGUGCUGCAUCAGGAACAGAAGUGAUUCUUACCAUUGCGGCAGAAAAUGCAGCUGCUGCUGACAUCAACUACGUUGUACUCAGGUUUUCUGUGGUUGCCAAGGUGACAGAUAUUACCAGUCCUGUGUGCCAGGUUGUCAAUGCAUCAAACACCUGUCCAUCCUCUCCAUCACUUUGUGCUUCCUCUCAGUGGGAGCUAAUCGCUAAUCUCACCGAUGGCAUCGAUGGGACUGGCAUUGAAAGGGUCACCAUCCUUCGAGGGAAUGGUACCCUCACUACUGGCACAGUGGCUGGAGCAAGAGGCGAGAACAUUAUAGUGGCCACGUACCGCGCCUCCUGCUGCUCACAGAAUGUUCUGCUGGCUGCUGUGGACAGAGUAGGGAAUGUGGGAGUAUGUGGGAGAGAAACUGCCACAUCCACUGGAGGACACACACUGAGCCUCUCAUUCUCACUCUGGAUCAGUGGUGUGAUUUUUCUGCUCUUGACGUAAAAGACAGAUGUAAAUCCCACUUUAAAUACAGUGCAUGAAUCAAUUUUUUCUUUUAUUUUCCUCUGCUGAUAUCUUUAAUGAUGAGUUUGUCAUUUCAUAAAAUCCAGGUUUACAAACAAUUUUCUGUGUGCAGUUCUUUAAAAUGUAUUUAAAGAUUGUUGGAUAUGGGUACAUAGAUGGCCUGACAAAUGUGGAUCACGUUACCUUCACGUGUGAGGUUUUUAGAGUAUUUUCUUGCUCUCACAUUCACAGUAUAUGCUCUGUUUAAUGACAAGUGAAAUACUUGAACAUUUGGCUUUUCGGGCUUUUUUCCAAAGUGUUAACAUUGCUCAUUACCCCUUGUUUGGAGUUUUAA